UCGGUCGGUGGGGACCGCUGCCGCGGACGCGAAGCCCGCGGGCAGGAGGCGGCCCGCCGCGCCUGCGGCAUCGCAUGCGCCCCCAGGGGGCCGCCGGGCGCCCGGCAGCCGAGGCGCCCGAGGCACAAGUCGGGGGCGGACAGGAGAAUGGAGGAAAGCCCGCGCCCGUCGCAGACGACCUCGGGUUCCUGUGGGCCUGCGCCCCCAGCGCGGAGGCCGUCGUGCCCGCGGUGCGGCCCGGCGAUCUCGUGUGGGUGAGGCUGAGCAGGGGCCGCGGCUGCCGCGGCGCGGUGGAGUCCGUGCGCUCUGGCGCCGCGGUGCAGGGGCCAGGGGCGCCUGUGGAGGAGCAGCCACCACAGGCAGGCCGCCGCAGGCUCCGCGUGGACGGGAAGGGGCGGAGCUGCACGGACGUCGUCGUGGGCGUCGACUCGGAGAGCGAGGUGGCGUGCGGCUCUGAGAGACUCACGCGGAUCCUUCCCCCCGGGGAGCGCUGGGUCGCGGUGGUGCCCGAUACCCUGAGUUACAGGCACCUGGCGCGCACGCAGGUGACCCAGCAGGACUGCGUCGUCGAGCUCGGAAGUUCGAUUGGCCUCUGCACGGCCGUGCUGGCGGAGUCCGCGGGCUCGGUGCUGGGCCUCGACAUCAGCCUGGCGCAGCUGGAGGAGGCACGCCGUGCAUUUCCCGCCGUCCGCUUCGAGUUCCUGGACAUAUUCGAGGAGCACGCCCGUCUCCGUGGCAUGUCGGAGGCCGCCCGCUGCACGGCCGCGUUCGUGGACAUCAACGGCGACCGGGAGAUCGCGAUGGUGCUGCACGCGGUGGAGAUACUCCGUCGAUGCUGCCUGCCUCAGGUGCGGCUGGUGGUGGUAAAGUCGGAGGAGCUCUUCGCUGCCAUGGCCGGCGGCCGCCUCCUGCCCACCUGCUCGGCAGGGGAGCCGUGGCGCCAGCUGGCGUCCCCAGGGAGCUUCCUGAAGCCGUGGUGCCACCUGAGGGAGCCUCUGCCCCCCAGGCAGCGGAACGCAGAGGCCGCUGGAGCCCCGCCUGGCGCCCCAGCGGUCGGCAGCGGCCUUCAGCGCAAGAAGAAGCGGGCGCUGUGCGGGCGUGUGGCGGCCGCCGAGGGGCGCGCGGGGGGCCCGGCAGGCUCCGGCGGGGCGCGCCUGCCGCUGGGGCGGCUGGAGCGCGCGCUGGCACAGAGCGCCACGGCCCGCGGGGGCUUCCACUGCGCAGCCCCCUCCGCCGGAGGCCAGGCGGUGUGCCUCGUCUUGGACGAGGACGACCACCCGCUGGCGCGGAGCCACCGCGUGGCCUGCGCCUUCGGGGACCUGGCCUCCGCCCAGGGUCUGGCCAGGGCCACGGCGGGCGCCGCGCCGGUGCUGCUGGGGCGCGGGGGCGCGCGCUCGGCGGUCUACGAGUUCUGGGGCCUCCUGAGGGUGAUCGACGUGUUGCCGGUGGACCACCCCCUCUAUGCCGAGCCCGCCGUGGGCGCGGCGCUGCGGGCGCUGGCGACCCGCUCGCGCUCGCGCUCGCGAGGAGCGGCCGCCGCGGCGGAGGUGCACCUGCUGCGCCUGGGCCCGCCCGAGCCCGCGGCGGAAGGCGGCCCGCCGCCCGCCUCUCCGGACGAGCUGCUCGAGCUGAUCCUCCGCCCCGCGGGCGCGCGGGCGCCCACGGCGGGCCCCGCGCCCGGGCGCGCGAGCUGCGGCGGCGCAGCGGCCGCCGCGCAGCCGGCGCUGGUGGCCGGUGUGGCGUGCGCGGCCGCGGUGCUGCUGCUGGUGUGGGCGGCGAGGGCCUCGAGAAAAGGCUGGCUGGCGCGAGCCGAUAUGCCGCGCCUUGGGCCACUGCGGCGGCCACUGGCCGCCGUCCUGCUCUGCCUUGCGGGGAGGUGCUCCGCCGGCAGCGCCAGCCGCCCACUGGCGGACCUCGCGCGGGCCAGGGAGCGCGUGCCGCGAGACGCUUGGAAGGGCCACGACUUUGCCUCGAUGAGCGGCGUGCUGACGCUGCGUCUCCGCGAGGCCGGCUUUCGCGUCCGGGACUGCUCCAGCUGGUCGGCCUCGGAGCUCCAGGAGCUGCAGCGGCGCAUCUUCCAGGAGGCGGAGGCGGAGCUUCUGGCGGUCUACUCGGCCGCGGCGGACAACCGCCGGCAGCGGUUUGGGAGCCUGGGCGAGCUCGAGGCGCACUGGGCGGCGGUGGACGGAGCGGCGGAGGCGGGGCAGGGGCUGCGCGAGGUGCGGCGCGACGGCCUGUGCCACGAGGCCGUGAUGUGGUGGGUGCACCACCUCGCCAGGCCGACGCAGCGGCGGCUCGCCGCCGAGGGGCUCCUCUUGCCCUCGCUGCCGACCGCCAGGCACGCGCCGCGCGCAGCAGCGCGCGCGCUGGCAACCCCCGAGAGCGUGGUGCACGCGGAGUACGCCCAGCAGGUGUCCUGCCAGCAGUGCCACACCGGCAGGAUCGGGCCGCCGCUCGACAACGCCACGCUGCCGCCCCCGCUGCCCGUCGACGCCGCCCACCCAGGCAGGGAGCGGGUGCGGUCCUGCGAUUUCCAGGCGAAGCCCCCGUGCGGUCCGUGCGACGGCCUGGGGGGCCGCCGCUGGGGCGACGACCCGGAGCAGAUGACACCGAUGCCGUGCGAGGCCAUCCACGGGCCGGAGGUGCCCCGCUCCACGAAGGGGGCCUACCCCCCGCUCGCUGCUGCGAGGCUCACGGGCGACACGCGCUGGCCGCUCGGGCCCAUGCCGGUGCUCCCAUGCGAGUACCACAACCUGAGCGCCCGUGUCUACUUCGGCUGGCACGGGGACAUGAUGCGCAUGCGCUACGACUUCGCUGGGAUGGGCACCGAGGUGGACUCGCAGACGCUGGCGCAGGCGAAGGCUGGCGACCCGGGCGCGAGCAUCCACGCCGACGCCUCAGGCCUCGUCUGCGCGUGCACCCCUGCGAUGGCUGGCAUCAUGCACAUCAGGAGUUUCGAGCCCGACGACCCCCUGGACACCCUCAGGCUCCCGCCGGAGCAGGGCGGCGCGGCAUACCUUGGCAAGGUCCGGGUGCACCUGGACGGGGACAGCCCGGAGACGAACGGGACCGUCCGGAUCGCGGACCACUACAUGAAGUGGGCGUUCCACCUCCUGGUCGACGCCGACGAGCACAGCCCGACGUUCCGGCUCCCGCUGCGCCUGUACGGAUCGCUCGGCGUGCGCCAGGUGUUCGACACCUGGCAGGUGGGCGACCCCGCCGUGGAGCGCCCCGACCUCUGGCUGCUGUCGCCGCGCUGCAACGUCACGGCCCCUGCGUGCGCCAACUUCCGGCCCCAGGUCGCGGACCUCGUGGGAACGCUCUUCGGACCAGGGCCGUAUCUCGAAUCGAGCAUCUCGGCGGACUGCGCUGGCGCCGGCGGGCCGGCAGACCGCCUUGAGGACCCCAGCGGCAGCGGACCCCACCAGCUGCGACCGAGCUUCCCCCCGAUCCCGGAGGGCUGCGCCGCCGGCGCGGCGCCGCCGUCCCCGCCGCCUGGCGCGGCGGCGCAUGACGACCUGCUCCUCGCCGGCAUCCUGGACGGGCUGCCGUCGCCGAAGGCGCGGCAGGCGCCGGGGCGUCUGGGGCAGCGGCCGCGCCCGGCGGCCCUGGACCUCACGCGGACGAGCGCCGCCGACGACGACAUCCUCGCGGGCCUCCUGGAGGGCGUGAGCCUGCCGUGA